UUGGCCACGGGAGCGUUGGGAUGCCGAUGCAUACGCCCGGGCAUCAGGGAGGGCCGGGAGUAGGCGAAGGCCGUACGAUAAUGUGCAGGGAGAGGAUCCGCUGUGGCAGAUUAGGCAGAAGUUUCAGAAUGAGAAAUAUCUCAACCCAAUAAUCUACGAAAACGACGACAUGGACCGGCAGCUGGGCGUGGGAUGCAACUUCGAAACGGAGUGCGCCUGGACGUGGAAACACGACGAUCCCCAGAGCUUCCAGGUGGUCACCGGGGCAAACCUGACCGAGUCCAACCGAACCGGGAUGAUGCCGGGUCCGAAGGCCGACGUCCUAGGCGACGCCAAUGGUCACUUUUUACACUUGAGGUUGACCACAAAUAGUACGGCGCAGAUCUUAACUUCACCGAUGUUCGGGGCAACGCGGGAGAAUUGCUACCUGGAGGUUUACACCCACCAGAGCAUGAUGGCUUACGGGAGUUUGCGGAUCGUGAUUGAAACUGUCGGUUCGCACGAGUCUUCUUGGGUGCCGGCCGAGGUCAUGGGUAAUGAUUUGGGCAAGUGGCUGCUGAACAAGUUCCGGAUCGACAAGAUUACGAAGGACUUUCGUAUACUGUUCGAGGUGGUUCCGAAUCGGCUGGGGGAACAUCCCAGGGGUCAUGUCAGCAUUGAUAACCUGAGGAUGGUGAACUGCUUCCCGGAUGCUAUUAGUACGAACAACUGUAGCUUCUCGCAGGUUCGGUGUACGGCUAGUAAGGUUCCGGUUUGCAUUAAGACUCCGAAGAUCUGCGAUAUUGAAAAGGACUGCGAUGAUGAAGAGGAUGAAACGCUCAAUUGUGAUAAAAUUCCAUUUGGAGGUCGCUGUGACUUCGAGACCGGUUGGUGCGGUUGGCAAAACUAUGGCAAUGCAAUCCUAUCUUGGGCACGUCAUUCUGGACCAACUCCUACGGAGAAGACCGGUCCGGAUAUGGACCACACUCACGAGGCAACGAUGGAGAAUGUUACGGGUUAUUAUAUGUUCGUCAACAUGAAUCAGCAUGCCAACGAUAGCGAGAAGAAAACAUUGGUUGGAUUAGCCAGCAAUGCAAUUAUGAACAGUGUCAUCUUCAACCCACCUCCGUUGGUACAUACGAACGCGUCUUCACCGUAUCGUAAUUCUUGCGUGGUUCGCUUUUACGUACACCAGUUCGGCAUGAACCCCGGCAGCAUCAAUCUUUCGAGUGUCGAAAUCAAGGAAAAAGAGAACGUAACCACUACUCUGUGGUGGAGCUCGAAGAAUCUUGGCGAAUACUGGGUCCGGGUGGACAUCAUCCUGCCAAAUAUCACUACAAAAUACUACCUUCAGUUCGAGGCCCGCAUGGGAAUGCGUAUAUUCUCGGACGUGGCCAUCGACGACUUCUCGCUGAGUCCGGAGUGCUUCGGGCUGAACAUUCCGGCCGAUGACCUGCAGGGGUACAACUACUGGGAUCCACGGAUCGGCGGUGUCAAGCAGCCCCACAAGGACUUUACCGGAAAGUCAUAUCUCGAACUCAACACGUGCGGUGCCAAGGGUCAGCAUGGUCCUACCCCAGCGGAUUGCCUGACUUCGUACAACGGAACGGAAGCUUUGAAUGCGGUUCAGGUCAUCGACCGUCAACCCUUUAAGGGCAUUCAAUCGUGGAAGGUUCCGAACGAGGGUUAUUACACAAUCAUUGCCAAGGGUGCUGGUGGAGGACUUGGUUCCGGAGGAGUUGGAUCUUCCCGUGGGGCGAUGGUGUUGAGUGUGUUGGAGUUGCACAAAGAUGAGGAAAUCUUCAUCCUGGUUGGGCAGAGUGGCGAGCAUGCCUGCAUCAAGUCUAUGGGAUAUAGGGAUGAGACGUGUGAGCCGAAGAAUAAGCCACCUUUCGCGAAGGAUACCCUACCGAUGUACACCUCCAAGACGCAGCAGGUGAAGAAUACCGUGAUUGAGGACGGUGCCGGUGGAGGUGGCGGAGGAACGUAUGUGUUUUUGCUCAACUCAGCCAACACGGCCGUCCCGCUGCUGGUAGCCGGUGGCGGCGGAGGACUCGGCGUGGGUCGCUACGUGGACGAGGAUGUGCAGCACGGGAAGAAGUUUAUCGCAGGGAGUAAGGACGUCUCGGGGACGGCCCACUCGGAUCACGCCCGCCAUGCGGGGCCCGGAGGCGGUUGGCGAGCUCAAGCGGACAUGGGGCUGGACCCGAAGUACGGCGCAUCGCUGCUGGAGGGUGGCCGGGGAGGGUUACCGUGCUAUCCACCGAGGGGCGCCCAUGGACAGGGUGGGUUCGGUGGGGGUGGAGGUGGUUGUGACACUGGAGGAGGUGGAGGAGGGUUUUCCGGUGGGGAUACGAUGAUAAACUCGACGAAUGGACAGGGCGGAGGAUCGUUUUUGGCUUCGAAGCGGAACGUGCCGGAACUGUCGAUGGAGCAAUCCGGGGCCAACAGUGGGCACGGAGCGGUGUUGAUCAUUCCGGCUAUCCAGGGGUGCGGAUGUGACUAUCGUUGUGUGGCGCUGGAUGAAUACCGGUCCAUGGUGGGAUGUAUCUGCCCGGACGGCUGGACGCUCAAACCUGACAACUUUACUGCUUGUGAAUUACAAAGUGAAACUCCUGAAAUGCAGUACCUAAUCGUAUUCUUCGUAGUCGUUGUAGUAAUUUUAGUAGCUGCCCUGGCUAGUCUAAUUCUCAUACUAUAUAAUCGUUUCCAGCGCAAACGCCAAGCGGCACUGCGCCACAAGAUGCUCCUGGAGCAGGACCUGCAGCUAAGCCGGUUGCGCAGCACCGCGGACGAUACCGGACUAACCAACUUCAAUCCUAACUACGGUUGUGAUGGCAUCCUGAACGGGAACGUGGACGUCAAAAGCCUACCGCAGGUGGCCCGCGAAAGUUUGCGGCUUGUCAAAGCCCUCGGUCAGGGUGCGUUCGGAGAGGUGUACCAGGGACUGUACCGACAUCGGGACGGGGAUGCCGUUGAGAUGCCGGUAGCGGUGAAGACGCUGCCGGAGAUGUCGACCGGGCAGGCCGAGUCGGACUUCCUGAUGGAGGCCGCUAUCAUGGCCAAGUUUAACCAUCCGAACAUUGUGCACCUGAUAGGGGUGUGCUUCGACAGGCAUCCGAGAUUUAUUGUACUGGAAUUGCUGGCCGGUGGAGAUCUAAAGAACUUUCUUCGUGAAGGUCGCAACAAACCGGAACGUCCAUCUCCGCUUACAAUGAAGGACCUGAUCUUCUGCGCUCUGGACGUGGCCAAGGGCUGUCGAUACAUGGAGAGCAAACGGUUCAUCCACCGAGACAUUGCCGCCCGGAACUGUCUGCUGAGUAGUAAGGGCCCGGGCCGGGUCGUCAAGAUCGCCGACUUUGGCAUGGCUCGCGACAUCUAUCGGUCCGAUUAUUACCGGAAGGGUGGCAAAGCGAUGCUGCCCAUCAAAUGGAUGCCUCCAGAGGCCUUCCUGGACGGCAUUUUUACCUCAAAGACUGAUGUGUGGUCGUUCGGUGUGCUGCUGUGGGAGGUGUUUAGCCUGGGGCUGAUGCCGUACACCGGACUGCCGAACCGUGAUGUGAUGCAACUUGUGACCGGCGGAGGUCGUCUGGACGCACCGCCGGGCUGCCCGAACGCCAUCUACCGCAUUAUGGCUGACUGCUGGAACCCAACGCCCGAGGAUCGACCCACGUUCUCGAACCUGCUGGAACGGCUGACGACCUGCACGCAAGAUCCGGAGGUGAUGAACGCUCCGCUGCCAAGCUUUUUCCGGCCACCGUCAAACGAACGGGACACCACGAUAAUGCGCCCACCGGGCAACGACGACUUCUGCCUGCAGGUGCCCAACUCUUCGGACUAUCUCAUCCCACUGCCCGGACCACGAACCGUUGCCGAACGACUGCUGAGCGAAGCGACCGGCGUGACCAUUCCGGACACGAUGGUCACCUGCACGCCACCCAAGACGGCCUCACCACGCAUCAUCAACGGACAGCCCCAGCAGGACGGCAAGUGCUGGGAGACUUCGUUCAUCCGGGAACAACCCACGGUGGUCACUUCGAUGGCCAGCAUGCCCGCCGUUCAGGAUCCCACGAUGCUCGUGGACGAAAAUGGUCCCAUUGAGGUGCCCGGAUGUCCGGUGGUCGACAAGCUGAUCUCGCUGGACACGCCCCAGCAGACGCCAACCAGCAUACAGCCGCCCAUCUCGUUCAGCACCCCCAUGACGAACGGUCCGGUCACGGGCCACGGCCACAACGGCGUCGUCGUAAUGGCCCACUGCAACGGUGGCAUCAACGGGUCGCCCCAGCUGCUGGCGAACGGGACCGGUCCGAACGGGUCCGGAAUCAUACCGCCGCCACCGCUCGUGGACCAGAUCGACACGGCCAAGAUACUGAACAGCAUACCGCCGCCGCCCAUCACGCUGGAUCCGUCCACGCUGAACAAGCAGCAGGCCGGCGUCGGUGGGACGUCGUACGCCAACAUCCGGAUGAUCAACGCGAGCAGCUUGAACGGUGGGGAUCACGGCGAGAAGAUGGCCGGGGGAAGGGGAAAUGGAGGCGGUGGUGGGGGAGGUAACGGCGGGGGAAGUAACCACCAUCACAGUAACAGCAGUGGAAGUGACAAGAGUGGGGAGAAUAGACCGACGGCGUUUACGAUUCAGACGUUCAGCGAUCGGUACAUAAACAAUGAGAACCAUUCGGAGAUCAGCUGUUAAAUUGAGGGUGGAGUUUGAAGGAUGGGGUGGAAGUUUUUAAGCUUUUCGCCUUCCUCACUAAGGAAAGGCUCUGAAAUCACAUGAAAAAUUUCUUUUUAAAUAUUCGUUUUAGACCUAUCUUCACGUGUACAUAUCGACUCAGAAUCAAAUUCUGAGCAAAUGUCUGUGCGUGGGGAUGAAGGUUUUGUUCCGUUCGAUUCAGCUUCGGGUCCCAUAACUUGGUUCACUCAACCCCCGGUGGUUGGGCACUUUUUCGUUUGACACUUUUUGAGUUUGUACCCCGUUGGUUGGUCAAAGUCAAACUAAAAAGUGACGAACUGUCACUUUUUACACGGCGCUCACGCACACUAA